CUCGAUACAAAGAGCGGUAUCUCGCUGCUGUCCGUAAAGCAUCAUUUGAUGCUGUCGUACCUCCAGUCAUUGACCCUUGUAUCUUCACGGCGAGCAGCUGGGGAUUCCCUGAUAGAAAGAACGCCUCCUUCACUGUCAUUUAGCGCUAGUGAUCGUGGACCUCGUGGAUCUGGUGUGGGCGACAGGGUCGAUUCGCUCAUCGAGGCACGAGUGGCCCUCGAGAAGAUCAAAAUGCUUGAGGGUAGAAUGCAGUACCAGAUCGAAAAGCUCGUAAGGGUCGCCGAGGAGGCGACUAUGUCCAACGAAAAUUUCGUCAAUGACCCUCUUGCAUUCCGGCCAAAUCCUGCGGCCCUCAUGGACCAGGGUUCCGGAUCCGAGGAUGAAGAGGAAGGUGUUAAAGGGGCGGAGCGCGACGGAGUCUACCGACCCCCCAAGCUCGCGCCUGUGCCCUACACGGAGUCGCGGAAAGACAAGGAAAAGUCACGGCGAGCACCGAUACCCAGUGCACUUUCCACCUUGUCGCACCUCGACCCGACGAAACCUUACGUGGAGUCUACAUCUGGGCUGGGCUCAACGCCCGCGCUGAUGUCCCAGCGCGCACGCGAACUGCAUCGUAUGACGGAGUUCGAAGAAGAAAACAUGACGCGACUUGUAAUGAAGAAGCGGGAGGCGAAGCGGAGGAAACAGGACGAGGAGGACCUCGCGCUCGGUGGCACAGGAGCCGCUUCCGGUCGGCGUGGCCGCGGAGGUGGAUUCAACGACGAGUUUGCCGACAUUCUCAAAUCGGUUGGGCGCAGUCAGAAUGGUGCUCUUGGGGAUGGGUACGAGGAGCUCAGACAGAGAGGGAAGAAGGCGGACGUGUUAGCCCGGUCGAGGACGCGCGGUGCAGACGAUGAUGACCUGCAGGGCGAUGACGGCCCGAAACCGAGGAAGAGGAGCAGAUUCGAGAAGGAGGUCAAGGCGGCUAAGAAACGA